AUUUUCAACCUCCUUAAACCCUAAACCCCCGUCGUCAAUUCGCCAUGGAACAACUCACCACCGAAACCCAAACAGAAGAUGAGAAACUCGAAUUCAAACCCAACGCAGACAUCUGCCAACAACUCAUGGACCGUUACUCCGCCUCCGCUGCUCCACAGCACCGCCACCUCGUGGCAACCGCCGCCGCCAUGCGUUCAAUUCUCACUUCCGAGUCCUUACCUCUAAUACCUUCCGCCUACUUCGCCGCCGCCAUUUCCUCCUUGGAAUCCGCAACUCUAGACUCCACCGAAGUUUCGGCUCUCCUGACGUUUCUAUCGAUUGUGUUGGCGGUGGUGCCGCCCAAGGAGAUUGCGGAAUCGAAGGCGACUGAGGCGGUGGGAGUGCUGGUAGGGCUGCUCCGGAAGGAAGAGGUGUUGGGAGUUGCGAGUUUUAAGUGUGUGGUGAAGUGUUUGGGGGCUUUGUUGGUUGGUUUUUGUGAUUUGGAGGAUUGGGAUUCGGUUAAAUUAGGUUUUGAAACCUUGCUUAGAUUCUCCGUUGAUAAGCGUCCCAAGGUCCGGCGGUGUGCUCAAGAAUGUUUGGAGAAAGUUUUUAAGUCUUUUCAGUCUUCAACUUUGAUCAGGUCAGCAAGCAAACUAAUAGAUUCCUUGUUCCAAAAGUACAUUUCGUUUGCAAUUACAUCAAGCACAAUGACUAUAGAUGGAUUGAACGUUGAAACAUCGACAAAACCUGAACAUCUAGAGGUUCUCCAUAUGUUAAAUGUGCUGAAGCUUACAAUUCCUUAUCUCUCUGCUAAAGUCAGUUCGAGAGUUCUAUCAGAACUAUGCAAACUUAUGACUUCUGAGAUCUCACUGCUUACAAGGCACAUUUUUAAAUGUAUUGAAGUAUUUUAUGAAACUUCAAUAGUUGAAGUUAAUAUUCUGGAAAUGGAGAACAUUAUAGUUUCUCUUGCUUCAUAUGUAUCUUUAAGAGAGAGAAACCCAAUGGACACUGUCAUGUCUGCGGCCUUCUUGUUAAAAAGUGCUCUGGUCAAACUUCACAGUGGAGAAGCAAGAUCAUCAUGGCUUAAGAAUGCUCCUGUAGUUUUUGGUGCUCUGGCUGGUCUUUUGACUUCUGAGGGCAACACUUCUUCACAAGCUUCAUGUAUCUUGAAGGAAUUGAUCAGCCAACUUACAGCUGAAAAUUUGUCAUUUGAAGAUAGAAGUCCGGAGAGUGAGGAAGCUAGUGCAAUUAAAUUUACUUGUGCCAUCUUCGAUAAUGCUCUUAGCUCAUAUGAUGGUAUUCCAAAUGAGCAUAUUUUGGCUGUCAUUUCUCAUUUGUUCCUCAAACUUGGGGAAUUCUCAUAUAUCUAUAUGAACAGCAUUUUACUUAAACUUGCUGACAUGAUGAACCUUGCAACAGUGGACAUGUCUAGCACAAACCAUCUGCAGCAUUGUAUUGGAUCUGCAGUAAUUGCUAUGGGACCACAGAGGAUACUUAAACUCCUACCUAUCUCCCUUGAUGCUUAUAAUUUUACUUGUUCAAACACUUGGUUGGUUCCUAUCUUUAAGAAUCAUGUUGUUGAAGCAUCACUAGGGUUUUAUAUGGAGCAUAUUGUUCCCCUUGCUAAAACAUUUCAGCGGGCAAGUCGUAAAGUUAAGAAAUCAGUAAUUGGUCAAGAUUUGCAGGCUCAUGCUCAGGCACUGUGGGGACUGCUACCUGCCUUCUGUCAGUAUCCAACUGACACUCGCCAAAUGUUUGAACCUUUGGCCAAACUUUUAAUUACCUUUCUUGAGGACUCAUCUAUGCAUGAAAAUAUUGCUGUUGCCUUACAGGUUCUAGUAAAUCAAAACCGAAGCGUUCUUAACUCAAAAAAUGAUAUUGGUGAGUCAAGCAUCAGUGAAGAUCAGAAGGAUACCUUCAUAUACGAAGCAAAGGAUUCUAUAUUAGAGAUCAGAAGGAUACCUUCAUAUACUAAGAAAACUGCAACAAAAAAUAUUAAGGCUUUGGCAUCAUGUUCUACCGACUUGCUCCAGGCUUUGGUCAACUUAUUUGUUGACUCACAGCAGGAGAAGUGCUCGUAUUUAAAGGAUGCCAUUGGUUGCUUGGCUUCUAUAACAGAUUCUUCCACAGUAAAAGAUAUUUUUAUGACAUUGCUGAAGAGGUUUCAUUGAAAUGGCAAAGGUGAUUUGACUUUGGAAAGUCAUAUCAAUAAUGCCCUUGAUAAGAGCAAGGCGAUCUUAGUGCUUCAGAGAAAGAUCUACAGAGGUAAACUGAAUGGAAUUUUAGUUCUCACUUCUUUUGUCGAAGGAGGCAAUAGAGAUCUUGUGUGAUUAAUUUACAACUUCAUUAGGCAUACUUUUCAGGCUAGUGAUGGGACAGGUCAUCUUGAAGCCUAUCACACUUUGGGCAAAGUUUUAAAAGGACAUGCUUGGUUUUGUACAUCCAGAUAUGAAGAGCUGAUUGAUUUAUUACUUGGCCUGAAAUCUCCAGCUGAUGUUGCAACUCUUAUGCGCCGUUUAGCAUGUUUUCAUAUUCUUCUGGUUCAUACAUUGAAGGAAAGCUUGGAAGAAGAGAAUACGAAAGCUUUUAUCCUCAAUGAGAUUAUACUCACACUAAAAGAUGCAAAGGAAGAACUCAGAAAAGCGCUUUAUGUUCUCCUUUCAAUAGCCAGCUUGAGAGAGACAUCUAAUGUCAGUUCUGAUGCAUCAUAUCACAAACUGGUUAACAUGAUCAUGGGUUAUCUAUCUGGUUCAUCUCCUCACAUAAAAAGUGGAGCGGUGUCUGCAUUAUCUGUGCUGGUAUAUAAUGAUCCAGACAUCUGUCUUUCAAUGCCUGAUUUUUUUUCCUCUCUUUUAUCCUUGCUUCAGAGCAAAGCUGUGGAAGCUGUUUUAGGCUUUGUGAAAGUAUUGUGUCUUGCUUACAAGCGAAAGACAUCCAGAAUUUCCUUGGUGAUGUCAUUAAAAGAUUUUCUGCCAUGGUCUUCUGUUUCUGAAAUCAUUUCAGAUCAAAGGUCACUGUCAUUUGAGAUUAUGAAUAGGAAGUGUGGUUUUGCUGCUGUUGAAUCCAUUACUCGAAAAUAUACGAGUUUUGUGAAGACUGUUUUGGAGAACCGCCAUAGCAAAUCGAGUACCGAUGAAGUUGACAUUGGUCCAGAGACAGUGACCACGGAUUCACCUGCAAAAGGCCACAAAAUAGAAGCGCAAGAACAUGGUACUCAGACUGCAGAAAGUGGUUCAAUAGAAUAUAGAAAAGAGAAAGAGAGAGCAUAA